GGCCAGACUGCACCUCACUAUCUCCCUGAUCGGCAUCGCUCCUUGUUUUUCUCUCGUACACCAUGCUCGAUCCUAGUCAUUCGCUUUUCAUUCUUUUUUAAAGGCCGCACUACAUUGCGGUAUAGAACAGCACCAUGUCAACAGCCACGGAGACCCAGUCGCUUACCCAGACUCAACGCAUACAGAGCACAAUCAUCGUCGAGAAACAACAGCAGUCCACGAGACAAGUACCAAAGGAUGGACCUAAAUCUGCAGAGGACAAGUUCUUUUGGACAUACACGGAAGAGCCACAUCGAACUCGUCGACAGGCAAUCAUCAAAGCACACAAGGAAGUCCUUCAGCUUUGUGGUCCGGAGCCACUCACCAAGUAUUUGGUUUUCGCAGUCGUUCUCCUACAAAUCACCUGCGCCGCCUUGCUGAGCAACUCGUCCGUACUCUCCUGGCCCUUCUUUCUCACAGCCUACAUCGUUGGAGCGACCGCAAAUCAGAACCUCUUCCUCGCCAUUCACGAGAUCAGUCACAACCUUGCCUUUCGAACACCCAUUUACAAUAGACUUUUCGCCAUCUUUGCGAACCUGCCCAUCGGGGUGCCUUAUUCCGCAGGGUUUCGACAAUAUCACUUGACGCAUCACAAAUCCCUGGGUGUUGACGGCGUCGACACCGAUCUUCCGACGGCGCUCGAAGCCGUGUUCUUCAACUCGGUUCUAGGGAAGGCUUUCUUCUGUACGUUCCAACUGCUGUUCUAUGCCAUCAGACCCAUUAUGGUAUACAAGAUACCUUUUGGGCCGGUACAUUAUUGCAACAUCGCUGCACAAGUCGUAUUCGACAUCCUCAUCCUCCGCUUUCUGGGCUCAAAGGCCCUGAUCUAUCUCAUCAUGAGCUCAUUCUUGGCUGGCUCCUUGCACCCAUGUGCCGCUCAUUUCAUCUCCGAGCACUAUGUCUUUGCUAAGUCAAGUCUGGUGAAUGGCAAGAUGCCGAAGGACGUCCCGAUUCCCGAGACCUAUUCUUACUAUGGACCACUAAACAUUCUUACUUAUAACGUCGGCUAUCACAACGAACAUCAUGAUUUCCCCGCCAUUCCUUGGACCAGAUUACCCAUGGUGUAUGAAAUUGCUCGGGAGUUCUACGAACCCUUGCCAUGUCAUAAGAGCUGGCCUCUGGUGUUAUGGCAAUUCAUCACUGAUAAAGAGGUGGGAAUGUGGUGUCGGGUGAAAAGAGCAGAAGGCGGACGCAUUGUUGGAGGCUGGUCAGACCGGGAAGUACAGAACUGAUUUAUGCAGGAUAGACACGAAGACAAGAUUCGAUAGAAACGAGCCACAUGGAAAUUAAACACAAAAUGCACAUAUAUGGACUUCUCGGCCCAGUACGAUUGAAGUCGGGCCCCAAAGAAAAAGAUUCUGGUUUCCUUUUGCUGA